AUGGCGGCAGGAAUCUUAAAUAUUCAAAGACAAAUGAUUUUUGAUGAGUCGAUUGCACACUAUGAAGCACAUGCUCAUCUCCCGCAUGCUGCAUCAACAUUCAACGACAGCGAUGAAAUAAGAAUUGCUGUUCAACAUCAAGAUUUAUGUCUACUUCCAAGUAAAAGUACACUGCGUGUGUACGAAAAAUUCACAAAGUCUGAUAGUACAGCUGUAAGUGCAACUACUCACAUGGUAAAUAUGACAGUAUGUCAUAUGUUUGAAGAAAUACGCUACGAGCUCAAUGUUGUUGAGAUUGAUCGUAAUAAAAAUGUCGGCAUCACAAGUCUGAUGAAAGGAUAUACAUCACUGACUCUAGCUCAACAAAAUACACUAGAAAAUUCAGGUUGGAUUAUGGAUGAGGCUGUCAACAAAUUACACAAUGACAAUAGCUACUCUGAUGUAUCUAUACCACUGAGUCUUUUGCUUGGAUUUGCUAAAGAUUACCAUAAAGUUGUCAUCAAUGCAAAGCAUGAAUUAAUAUUAAUAAGAUCAAAUGCUGAUUUAAAUGCAUACAUUGUGGCUACACCUGCUGCUGGAGCUCAUGCUGAAGCUGUUAAAAUUACGCUGCAAAAAAUUGAGUGGAUUAUACCAUAUGUGACUAUGGCUGAUAAACAAAAAAUCGAAGCUUUGAAUUAUAUCACAAGUGAUUCAGCUAUCUCAAUCAGUUUUUGGGUUCGGAAGCUAUACGAGUAUCCACUAUUACCUAAUACUUCGGAGCACAUUUGGGCUGUCACAACAUCUAUGCAACUCGAGAAACCACGUUUUGGAAUCCUUGGAUUUCAAACAGCAAGAAAAAAUGAUGCAACUAAAAAUGCCAGCGUGUUUGAUCACUGCAACAUCAGAGAUAUAAAAUUAUUUUUAAACUCUCAGAGCUAUGCUUAUGGGAUAAAUGUAUUAUCAAAGCAUGCGAUAUCUCGAUUAACCAUACAAAGUAAAUUCCGCAAUCGAUUGAAGAUCUGA